UGGGACGGGCGGUUGCUUGUUGGUUGUUGUAGUAACGGGGGAAGCAGCCGUCGGUGGCGGUGGUGAGCCCGGAAAGGGGGAAGGAGGAGGGAAGAAGCGCCCGGUGCGGUCCCUGCCUGCCUGACCCGAACUAUGGGAAGAUGAGACAGGAAACUGUGCCACCCAGAUUGUUUGAUCCAGUGAGCCUGCAAAGAAAGGUCUCUGAGGCCCCCGUUUGCUGACUGCAUGAAAAACCCCAAAGGAAAUGCCAGUCGUGAUGGCCCGGGACCUGGAGGAAACAGCAUCAUCCUCAGAAGACGAGGAGGUGGCAAGCCAAGAGGAUCAUCCAUGCAUUAUGUGGACUGGAGGCUGCAGGAGAAUUCCUGUCUUAGUGUUCCAUGCAGAGGCCAUUCUGACAAAGGACAAUAACAUUCGAGUAAUUGGAGAACGGUAUCAUUUGUCCUAUAAGAUUGUGCGGACGGAUAGUCGUCUGGUGCGUAGCAUUCUGACAGCGCAUGGAUUUCAUGAAGUUCAUCCAAGCAGCACUGACUAUAACCUCAUGUGGACAGGAUCCCAUCUGAAGCCCUUCUUACUUCGUACCCUCUCUGAAAUGCAAAAGGUCAAUCACUUUCCCAGGUCUUAUGAACUAACCCGGAAGGACCGACUGUACAAAAACAUUAUUCGAAUGCAGCAUACACAUGGAUUCAAGGCAUUCCACAUCCUCCCUCAGACCUUCCUCCUGCCAGCUGAGUAUGCAGAAUUCUGUAAUUCCUAUUCAAAGGACCGGGGACCUUGGAUAGUAAAACCUGUGGCCUCUUCCAGAGGACGUGGUGUCUACUUGAUAAACAGUCCAAACCAAAUUUCCCUGGAAGAGAACAUCCUGGUCUCUCGUUAUAUCAACAAUCCCCUGCUCAUAGAUGAUUUCAAAUUUGAUGUACGUCUCUAUGUGCUCGUGACGUCCUAUGAUCCUCUUGUCAUUUAUCUCUAUGAAGAAGGGUUGGCUAGAUUUGCAACUGUGAGAUAUGAUCAAGGAGCUAAGAACAUACGGAACCAGUUCAUGCACCUGACCAACUACAGUGUGAACAAGAAGAGUGGUGAUUAUGUCAGUUGUGAUGAUCCUGAAGUGGAAGAUUAUGGAAACAAAUGGAGCAUGAGUGCGAUGCUUAGGUACCUGAAACAAGAAGGGAAAGACACAACUGCACUGAUGGCCCAUGUGGAGGAUCUGAUCAUUAAGACUAUUAUCUCUGCCGAACUAGCUAUCGCCACUGCUUGUAAAACCUUUGUUCCUCACCGCAGCAGUUGUUUUGAGCUUUAUGGCUUUGAUGUUCUCAUUGAUUCAACUCUAAAACCAUGGCUGCUGGAAGUGAAUCUUUCGCCUUCUUUGGCCUGUGAUGCACCUCUGGACCUAAAGAUUAAAGCCAGUAUGAUUUCAGAUAUGUUCACUGUUGUAGGAUUUGUGUGCCAAGACUCUUCUCAACGGUCAUCAACCAGGCCAAUUUAUCCCACAUUUGAGCCUUCCAGGCGAAAUCCCUUCCAGAAAAAUCAGCGUCCAGCAUCUGCUCCAGCUCAGUCAUCAAACUGGAAACAGCGUUCUCGUCCUCUGUCUGCUAGUGAUGCUGAAAUGAAAAACCUUGUGGGUUCAGCAAGGGAGAAGGUGCCGGGGAAAUUAGGUGGUUCCGUGCUUGGCUUAUCCAUGGAGGAGAUCAAGGUUUUACGGCGCGUGAAAGAAGAAAACGAUCGUAGAGGGGGAUUUAUUCGCAUAUUUCCUACAUCAGAAACGUGGGAUGUUUAUGGGUCCUACCUAGAGCACAAGACCUCAAUGAACUAUAUGCUGGCCACACGCCUCUUCCAGGACAGGGGAAACACAAGAAGAAGCCCAUUGGUAGGGAGGCCACGAGUGGCUGUUGAUGCAGGGCCAGAAAUGAAGGUGGAGAAUAUAAAUUCAAAGGCCAAACUACAUGCUGCCCUUUAUGAAAGGAAGCUUCUAUCCCUCGAGGUGCGAAAACGCAGAAGACGGAACAGCAGAUUGAGGGCUCUAAGGCCCAAAUACCCAGUGGUUCCACAGCCAGCUGAAAUAUCCAUUAAAACUGAGACAGAGAGUGAAGAGGAAGAAGAGGACCCAACAGAACAUGAAGAUGAAGAGCAGGAAGCAUCCCAAGAGGAAUCUGCAGGAUCUCUUGCAGAAAAUCAAACCAAAUAUACACCUUCACUGACUGCAUUGGUGGACACUACACCCAAAGAAAGUCCCUCAAAAGCUUCUGAAUGGAAUGGAGAAACUACUCCUUGCCCCAAGCCUGAAAUUCAGCCACUAGAACCCUCAUUUAACUUGAUGCAGAUUCUGCAAGAAAAUGGAAAUCUCAGCAAAGUCCAGGCUCGAGUAGCCUUCUCUGCCUACCUCCAACAUGUUCAAACUCGACUGAUGAAAGAUAGCGGAGGCCAAUCCUUUAGUGCCAGUUGGGCUGCCAAAGAGGAUGAACAGAUGGAGCUAGUAGUUCGUUUCCUCAAGCGUGCAUCAAGCAAUCUGCAACAUUCCCUGAGAAUGGUGUUACCCAGCCGGCGAUUGGCGCUUCUGGAAAGAAGAAGAAUCUUAGCACACCAACUGGGCGACUUCAUCAUUGUCUACAACAAGGAAACAGAACAAAUGGCUGAAAAGAAAUCAAAGAAGAAGCUUGAAGAAGAAGAAGAGGAUGGAGUUAAUCCCGAAAACUUUCAGGACUUCAUCAGCCAUGCAAGUGAGGCUGAACUGGAGGAGGUUUUGACUUUUUAUACGCAAAAAAACAAGUCUGCAAGUGUCUUUCUGGGAACUAAUUCCAAAGCCGCCAAGAACAGCAGCAGUUAUUCUGAUAGUGGGGCAAAAGGUGACCAUCCUGAGACAGUGGAAGAAGUGAGAAUCAAGCAGCCCAAACAUCAACAGGGAGCAGAACUUCAUUCUGACAAAUUAUCACGAUUUACCACAUCAACAGAAAAAGAGAGUAAAUUCCCCUAUAGCACUUCCCUUUGUCCAUCCUCUGGUCCUAGUGCUAUUCUUCAGAAAAUUCCCAACUCCCAUUUGACAUCUCUGAUUCCAUCCUCUGACCUCACACCAGUACCUAGUCAUCACUCUGCUUUUUCCCAAGUUCCUCCAGUUAUCUCCAAUGUGGCUCAUCAACCAACUGCUUUACCGAAUGCAACCCCCGAUAACUGUUCUCCCUCCCCACAUUCGGUGUCACAUCGUGUACCUAGUCCAGCUGUACUGCCGCGUUGUCGGUCUGGCAGUUACACCAUUGGCCCCUUCUCCUCAUUUCAAAGUGCUGCGCAGAUAUAUAACCAGAGACUAUCCCGGCCCUCCUCAGCUAAAGCAGCAGGUACAUACCAUCCAAAUAGACACCAUGCGGGCUUAGCCAAAACAGCCAAGGAUGGAGAGGAGGGUGCUACCUUUGGCAAACGAUACAAUCAAAGCAUGGUCACAGCAGAGCUUCAGCGGCUAGCUGAGAAGCAAGCAGCACGGCAGUAUUCCCCAUCCAGUCACAUCAGUCUUCUCACUCAGCAGGUAACAAACCUGAAUUUGGCAAGUGGAGUCACAAAUCGAACAGGUGCUACAACUCCCCCGACUCUUCGUCCAGUACACAGUCCUGGAGGUCCAACAUGGUCAGCACAUUCAGACUCUCAAGUCACUGAAAACGGGACUAGCCCACCAGUGAACAGGAAUAUGCAAACAGGUGGCUUUGCCUGGGAAGGGGAAGUAGAAAACUCUGCAUACAACAAGGCAACAGGGGUGAUGCCACAACACAAGUAUCAUCCCACGGCUGGCAGCUAUCAGCUCCACUUUGCCCUGCAACAGCUUGAACAACAAAAACUUCAGUCCCGGCAGCUGCUUGACCAGAGCCGAGCCCGGCACCAGGCAAUCUUUGGCAAUCUCAUAUUACCCAGUUCCAAUCUGUGGUCUAUACAUAAUGCAGGCUACAGAAUCUCCAGUGCCACUGCCAGUGGCCAGAAGCCUACCAGUCUGCCACAGAAAGUGGUGCCAUCUCCAAAUUCUUCCUCAUCCUUGGUCCCCAAACCCCCGCCCAAUCACAAGCAGGUGCUUAGGAAGAUGUCAUCACAAAGAGUUUCCAACUCCUGCUUGCAACCCGUGAUGAACCACUGAUAUGGAGGAAGAGACCGUUCAACACCACUGGGUAGAAGGAUAAGGAUGGAGCAGCCACCAUAGCUAGAAGGGGCCCAUCUUUUUUCCCAUUUGCAUCAUUAUCCCCAGACCAAGGUGGCAGCAGAUUUCUCCCUACCAGUCUAAAGAGCCUAGCCUGGGACAACUAAAGAAAAGAUGAGCUGGGUUUUGGUGGAACAUGACAGUACGCAGUUCAACGGAUUCUCUCUGACAGAGCCACAAAUGGACCUUUCCCCUUUACCUUUUAUCUUCUCCCUACCCCCCAACCCCCACCUGCCUAGGUCUUCUUUCUCCCUCUUCUGCUACCAGGCAGAGAUGAUAUAAAACAGAGGCUCUUUGGCUAUUUGCAUUUUGCUUCCGCUUCUUUCAGAUUCAUUAUCAAGCUCCUAUUUUAUAUAACCCUAGGAACCAAACAUCAUUACUAACAAAGUUUAUAAGCCCUUUCAAAGAAGGGCAUGAAGGGCACAUAUAACAUGGUAACCAGCCAUUGGAGAAAGGCGAGUGUGUUGACCACAUGAACCAAGGUAAAGCACCGUUUUGGAAUGACUGAUUUUUAAUAUUGACAAAGUAAUUCUAUUUUUGUUUUAUUUUUUUUCCACUUAACCAAUUUCCCUCCAAUCAGUAUUCAUUCACAAGUGAAACUGAAAUGUGACCAACUUUUUGUUUUAGUUAAUUGCUGGACAUUUAAAAAAUUUUUAAUUUUGGAGAUGUGCAUUACCUUGCCAUAUUUUGAUUUUAGGUUUUGUUCAGACAAAAUGUAGCUAUGGUCAUACACCUCAAUGGUAGCUUAUGAGCCAUGGCAGGAGGCAGAAGGUGGUGUGGGAGGGGUUCAUAACUGCACAAGUAUCUCCCCAUCAGGCCAUGACACAAGAGUGGGGGAGGUUAGACACCAUUCUUGAAUUGCACAUUAAUUUUUUCCUCAUGCUACAUUGUUGACAUAAACAAUCCAUUAGAACGGUGCAAAACACCCACUGAGUGGACCUAAGAAGUUUCUCACUCUAACUCUCUGCUUUCUCACUUCCUCACUUUCCCCUGCUUCUUUGUCCUGAAUAAGGCCUUUAACUGCUUGGUGUUUUAGGCUCGAACCACUUUGGGGGUUUUUGUCUCCCCUGUGACUCUCACCCUCCCCAGCUCUGCCGUACCAUAGCGGGGAGCUUGGUGGUGUUUCCUGACCGUGGUGACAGCCAAUGGGCACAUCUAGCCACAUGAAGGAGGUUCCACAGAGUGCAGGGCUACAAAACGAGGUGUUACAGACCAGAGUUGGAAACAAAACUGAAAAUCACCUCCAACAAAGACAAAGAAAAGAGACUUGAUUAACUGUGAGCAGCUUUUGAAAAUUCUUUUUAAUGAAUGAAAACAAAGGGUAUGGUGCAUUUUUUUGCCUCUGUUAAAAAAAAAUCACUUAGAGUGACAAGAUCUAUUUGUUAUAGUGAAGGGAGCAGGAGUAUGUUCCAGAUGUUGCUGGUGCCCAGGAUAUUAACUUGAGGGACAUCUAUUGUGGUUCUUUCCAUUCAGCCAUGAAUUAAGUUGGGGCACAAAGUCAAGUUCUACCUUUCCCUUUGAUAUGAAGGUUUGGGAAUAUAGGGGUUAUCUGGAAUCUACCAUAAUUUGUAUUUGUAAAUGGAGAUCCGGGGCAUUUACCCAUGAUAAAGGAUUGUAGAGAAUAGGGGAAAUGGUCAGAACUUCUUAAGAAAAUAAUCAAGUCAGAGUGGAAUAUUUUAUGUUCUUCCUGACUUUUCAGGUGCUGAUAUGAGGCUCCACAUCUCACCCUGUCACUUAUCCAAGUGCUUCCAAGCAAUUUUAUUGGCACUGGGCAGCUCAUAAUAAGCAGCUAAAUAGUCCAUGCAAUCCUCCCCUUCCAAACCCCACUCCCAAGACUGUGGUAAUGUGUCUGGUGCUCCUCUUUACCCCCUGACCCCCAUAAAUAACAUGUAUGUAUGAAAAUGGAGAGUCGAUUAUUCCCGUUUUUAUAGUCCCUGUAAAUGGUGUAUGUAGUCGCAAUCCUGGCAACCAGAUUCCUGCCCGUAUUUGCAUGUGGUGAUUAAGGCAAGAGAAGACUUCUUCCAUAAAAAAAUAUCUUUGGAA